AUGGAGCAGAGUGGUGCCGAAAUCUCGGAGUUUACGUGUGCGACUUGUGAGAAAGUGGUAACGCAAGGCGAAUCGAUCCAGUGUGACUUUUGCGAUAAGUGGUUCCACCAAAAGUGCGCGAAUGUGGACAAAGCGAUAGAAACCAGGGCGUGGUGGUGCGCGGAGUGCGAUACGAAAUGUAAGCUCGGUAUUGCUAAGGAGGAAGAAAUAGCGAGCAUGAAGAGAGAGAUGGAGGCUCUGAGAGCCAAAACGGACGACGUGCUGAAGGCGUUACGAGAAAAGGAAGCUGAAGUGGUACGGCUCCGUGAGGACCGCGGGCAGACCACGUUUUCUCCGGAUAAACCGCUUCCUUGCUCAACGGCUAAGCGGAUUACGGUAACCGAUGAUGGUGAACUAAGUCAGAGCCAAAUAGCUGCCCGUCAGGCUGUCCGGUGCGAACUCCCUUCAUUCGCUGGGGAUCCCGAUGAAUGGCCGCUAUUUCUGUCAACCUUUAAAAGAUCGACGCGCACAUUCGGAUUCAGCGAUGACGAAAACAUCCUUCGCCUGCAAGGUGCGUUGCGAGGAAAAGCGCUACGCAUGGUGCAAAGCCGCCUGCGCAACGCGGAUAAUUUGGAUCAAAUUAUGGCAGCAUUGGAAAAGUCCUACGGCAGAGCGGACGUUCUCGUUAACUCGCUCCUCGAGCAGAUACGCGAAGCACCGGCGCUGAAACCAGAGCGCCUAGAUAGCUUUAUCGAGUACGGUGAGCUGGUAGCAGAGAUUUGUGCGACCGUCAAGACGAAAGGAGCGUCCGAGAGGCUGUACGAUGCAGCGUUGCUUCAAGAGCUGGUGGACCGGAUGCCCGCGUUUCUACGAUGGAGCUGGGGAAUGCACAGGCGGCAGUUGAAAGGUGUUACGCUGAACGACUUUGGUGCAUGGAUUCAAGAGGCGACGGAUGGAGCGAUGGCGGUAACUCCCCCCCAGCCGAAGAAGAAGACGACAACACGACAGGUUCACGCGCAACAUGUGGAAACGCAUGUAACCCAGUCCAGCAGAAAUCGAGCAUGUGCGGUGUGCAAUAAGGACACGUGUGUGGCGGUUGGUGAGUGUAUAGUUUUUAACCAGCUUAGUGUUUCAGCCAGAUGGGAAAAGGUACGCAGCUUAAAACUGUGUAAACGUUGCUUAGGAAAGCACUACGGCCCGUGCUCGGUACGUGUUGAAUGCGGUCUGCAAGGAUGUGUGGCUAAACAUCACCGCAAAUUACAUCGUACCACCAGUGAGGAGCGACCGGUUGAAAUUAAUCAUGAUGGUACGAGAACAGACAGCAUGCUGUUGCGAUACGUUCCGGUGAUGCUUCAUGGGAAGAGCGGUCCGGUUUACACCCACGCGUUGCUAGACGAGGGGUCGACGGUGACGCUGAUGGAGCAGGAGCUUGCAAGAGAGCUAGGAGUUUCCGGUACUCUCGAUCCGCUAUGUCUGCUGUACAGUGCUGGCCAGAAACGUGAUGAACGCGAGUCGCAGAGAGUGACAGUGCAGGUGUCUAGUGUCGAAGAAAAGGCGCCCGUUUACUCGAUGACCGAUGUGCGGACGGUUAGCCGGCUUUCACUCCCUAGACAGUCGGUCGAUACAGAAGAGCUAAAACGCAAGUUCACGCAUCUCGCGACGAUUCCAGCACAGUCAUAUGAAAGUGCUUCUCCACGCCUGUUGAUAGGCAUCGACCAGUAUAGGCUGACGAGACCUCUGAAAACGAUAGAAGGAAGUGCGGGACAACCGACAGCUACCAAGACGCGAUUGGGAUGGCUCAUAUUUGGUAAGUGCACAGACUACGAUAACGAUUCGAAUUUAGUGCAGCCAGAGUCAAGCUACCACAUCUGCGAUUGCCAAGGAGCCAUCUCAAGGGCAGAUCGUAUGAUGGCAGCGUAUUUUGAGGUCGACGGUUACGGUCCCGCCAAGCAGCUAUCGCUUUCGAAGGAAGAUCAACGAGCGCUGGCGAUCCUGCAAGGCAACACGAGGCACAUCGAUGGGCGGUACGCAACCAGUUUGCUAUGGCGGAGUGACAACACUUUUAUGCCGGAAAACCGUCACAUGGCUGCAUCAAGGAUGGAGUGUCUCGAGCGGAAAAUGCAACGAGAUCCGAAUCUCGCCGACAACGUAAACCGAAUCCUCAGGGAGUAUUUGGCGAAAGGUUAUGUCAGGCAACUAGGAACGGACGAGCUGAAGGUGUUUUAUCCCAGGAAGUGGUACCUACCUGUGUUUCCUGUUACUAACCCUAACAAGCCAGAUAAAAUCCGCUUGGUUUGGGACGCAGCGGCUGAAGUGAAGGGUGUCUCGCUUAACAAGAAGUUGCUGACCGGACCAGAUCUGCUGACGCCGCUACAAACCGUGUUGUUUCGUUUUCGCGAGUGUAGGAUCGCGGUGGCGGCUGACAUUCGCGAGAUGUACCACCAGGUACAGAUUUACGGUGACGACGUGCACAGCCAGCGUUUUCUAUGGCGAUGGGGCGACACCAAUGCAGAACCGCAGGAGUACGUCAUGCUGAGGAUGACAUUCGGUGCAGCUUGUUCUCCUUGUACGGCGCAAUAUGUCAAAAACGAGAAUGCCGAACUGUAUCAAUCCCGGUACCCUCGAGCGGUCCAAUGCAUCAAGCAGGAGCAUUACGUGGACGACAUGUUGACAAGCCUGGAAACCGAGGCGGAGGCCGUCGAUCUAGCGCACCAGGUGAGCCACAUUCAUGCUAACGCAGGGUUUCGGUUACACAAUUGGCUGUCGAACAGCCGCAGUGUUAUUGCAGCAGUGCAAGGAAACCCAGAAGCGGUAAAGGAGUUGGAUUUUGAGUCGUGCCUGAAGCCGGAGAAAGUGCUGGGAAUGUGGUGGGACACUGCAAAUGAUAGUUUCAGCUUCAAACUAUCCCGCAUAAGACACCUCGAACUGGCACGCAAAGAUAAACCCUUAUCUAAGAGGCAGAUGCUAAGGACCCUGAUGUCCAUAUACGACCCCUUGGGCUUGAUUGCCGGAGUAUUGUUCUACUUGAAAGUGCUGCUUCAGGAAGUUUGGCGCCUCAAUCUUGGCUGGGAUGAUGAAGUACCGGACGAGAUACAGUGCAAGUGGGAUUCCUGGAUGCAACGAUUGCCGGAUCUGGAAGGCAUUACCAUACCACGAUGUUACCGGCUGAUCACACCCUUUGCUGAAUCGUGUCUUCAACUCCACGUGUUCGUCGAUGCAGGUGCUGAUGGUUACGCGGCGGUCGCGUACUUCAGAUUCGAGUUUGAUGGCCAAAUAGAGGUGGCUUUGGUUGGGGCAAAAGCAAGA